CUGACAUUGGCAUUAACUUCCCCUUGUCCAGUUCGUGACCAUGAAAGAAAACUGUACGUCGAAAGCCCCCCUGAAUUAUCAUGUCUAAUUGGCAGCAACUGAAGUCAUAUGGCUGGCAUGCUAUGUUGUUGCCGCGCGCCGUGAGUGAGCUUAUUUCCCACAGCUGUGCGUUGGUCAUCCAACGAGAUCUAGUCUAUUCAAACUCGCUGCUGGCCAGCCUCAACUCGCGGGUAGCACUGCACUCGGCAUCUCAAAAGAUCCAAAAUGCCGAGUUUGGGAGCAUGCCCACCUCCACGUUUCAGGCGGUUCAUUUCAAAAGUGUCCCGGCUGUCGGCAGUGCCGUCACUACUGCUUCGGGAAUUGGUGAUCUUGACGAGCGACAGAGGACUUGAAUACC